GCGCUUUUUUUGGUUACACAUGUCUCUUGCCUACAAGUUAUGACUCUCUUUGUACAUUCAAGGUAUAUCUUCCGAUAUUCCAAUGCUCUCCACCGAGUCUCGACUUUUAAUCUAUUUUCGAACCAUCAAUCUCACUUGAAUGCGGUAUUUAGUCGCUGGGUUGUUUCUGACUCUGAUGGAACCCCGAUGAAGGAUAUCCUGAAUGGCUCAUAUAUACCUGAUCCGCCAACGCCUCUAGAGUCGCAGCUUAUUUUAAACUCACUUGGUGAACCUACAUUUGCUUCAUUAGGGUUAACAUCCUAUUGGCCUAGUGGUCUGUAUCGUUCAGUCUUAGAAGCGGCCCAUGUAGAUUUCGGCUUGUCUUGGUGGGUGGCCAUAAUGACGGGGACCCUUAUCCUGAGAUUAUUUCUAACCCCUUUGAUGAUUAGGGAAAGAAAAAACAUGGAAAAGAUGACAAAGCUCAUGCCAAGGGCAUCUGAGCUUCAGAGUCAGCUGACUGCAGCUCGUCUGUCUGGGAGCUACACAGAGAUGCUGAAGGUGUCAAAAGAGCUAAAUGAACUCAUAAGUUCUGGCGAUAUGAACCCUCUUAAACACAUGCGAGGCCUCUUUGUUCAGAUUCCUGUGUUUGUUACAAUAUUUACUGCUAUUCGGGGAUUGACCAAUCUUCCUGUCGAAAGCAUGCGAAAUGGUGGACUUCUUUGGUUUGUAGAUUUAACACAGGCAGAUCCAUAUUACGUACUACCGGCACUAAAUAUGCUGGUCAUGAUGUUAAUGUUUCAUAUUAGCAUGGGUCAGAGACGAUCAUCGUUGGAUAUGCGCUACCAAGUUGCAUUUCGUAUUCUUCCAAUCUUUGGAUUCUUGUUUACUAUGAACUUUCCUUGUGCCCUGCUUCUACAUUGGUCUGUGAGCAACUCAAUCGCUCUAACGCAGACUUAUCUUUUCAGCCUGGAUGCUGUCAGAAAACGAUUCAAUUAUCCAGAAAUACCCAAAAUGGAAUCACGGUCCGCACUUGUUGGUACUAAGAAGGAAGGCUUCAUAGAAGGUUUUAAGAAAGAUAAAGAUGUAAUUUGGCCUCAUGCAGGAAGUAUGAGCAACCUGCAUCCGACAAUGGCGUGUUGCUAA